AUGGCGCUAGUACAACGCGCCUUGCCUCUCUCAGGGGCCGCCGCGACUCCACUGCCUCGGCGCCCGCACAUGGUGCUACUCCUCCUGCUUCUGCUCGUCUUCACCACGGCGACUACAACCACCAUGGCUGACCCGCACCUGCCGCCGCCUUUACCGGAAGACUGCCAGCGCUUCGGCACCCGCUUCUGCAGCAUCUUGCGGGCAGUAUCCUCUCUGGCUUCGGGCAGAGGCCGUCGUCAGCAUGGCGACUCUGGUAACCACCAGCGUGGCGAAACUGUUGACUCGCCGUGUCAGGAGGGCCCUCAACACGGGGGUGGCGAAAGCAACGAGACCAGCAUUGACGUCGGCGGUCCCGGCAGUGAUGUCAGCGGCCCCGGCGGCGACGGUCACGGCGUUCGCAGCAGCAGGCGGGCGGCAUUGUCGCUGGUUGCGCCUCUGGCGCUGUGCUCGCCGUCGACCCUCUCAGGCUACACGUCGUCAGUCAGCCUCGGAUCAUACAUGAAGCUCCACUGGAAGACCACCACCACCACCACCAUCCAGCUCGCAGUCACCGCGACAGGCGGCGCCGCCACGGGAUGGUUCGGCAUCGGCUUCGCACGGGACCUCAAGAUGUAUCCCGCAGACGCCGUCAUCGGCAACCAGGCGGGCUCGCCGGUCCCCGUGGAUACCUACAACAUCUCCAGUUACUCCGCCGUCCGGCUCACCUCGGCGUUUACCAUCGGCAGCAAGACGUUCGCCGCGUCCGGGACGACGGCCACGAUGACGUUCACGCGGACUACCGGUGAUGGGGGCGUGGCGCCCGUGCAGGUCGCGGGGUCGAACAAGAUCAUCUGGGCGUACUCCAGUAGCGGCUCCACCACCAUUGCCAAGCACAACUACGACCUCAUCCUGCACUGGAACCCCGUAUCAUCCAAGCAAGUGGACAUGGCAAUAGAAGCCAAGGCGCCAGGCAAGGCCAGGACGGGAUGGAUAUCUGUGGGGUGGUCUUCCAAGGGAGCUAUGGUACCUGCAGAUGCUGUGGUUGGGAACCUGCCUGGUGGCCGUGUUGUGCCGUAUGCCAUCAAGGGGUAUCGCACGUCCAAGCUGCUGCCCACUACAGCGUUCAGUGUUUACAAUGCGUCCACCACCAUGAGUGCUGAUACUUCAACUAUUAUCAGGUUCUCCCGUGUGAAAGGCACGGGUGUGUCUGCCAAGUUUAACCCAACAGGCGUAUCAAAGCUUAUCUGGGCCUUCUCCUGCACUGGCAACAAACGCCUCAGCUUCCACGACAACAACUUUGGAACUGCAAAGGUGGACUUCUCCUGCCGCACUGCACCGUCCAGUCAGCCUUCCCUGGACUACCAGGAGGAAGAGGACUACUAG